GUGUGCCCUGCUUGGCAAUUGCUCUGUGCUCAUCAACUCAAGCUUUCCUCUCUCUUUGCAUAAGAGUUCUUGAGGUUCCAGGAGACAUAAAAGUUCAGAAGAUGUCUUGCGGUGGAAGUUGCAACUGCGGUUCGAGCUGCGGCUGCGGCGGCGGAUGCGGAAAGAUGUACCCUGACUUGGCUGAGAAGAGCACCGCCACCUCCCCGGCGGCCGUGGUCCUCGGCGUUGCACCUGAGAAGGGGUCCCUCGAGGGGUUCGAGAAGGCCGCUGAGUCCGGCGAGGCUGGCCAUGGCUGCAGCUGCGGCUCCGGCUGCAAGUGCAACCCCUGCAACUGCUGAGGACAUGGUGAUCCAUGUGCAUGCUGUAGCACGCCUGUAUGCGUGUUGGGGUGUCAGUAAAUAAAGAUCCAUCCGGUGUGAGGAUGAGAUUGUCUACGUUAUUUCCUGCACUGCUGUAGUUUGCGGCUUGUGUGAUCAGCUGCGUGUGAUGUUGUGAUUGGGGAAUCAUGUGGCUACCAAGCUGCUGUAUCACCUUAUCAGUGUCUCCUGUGCUGUAAUAGUGUGAUGUUAUGUGAUAUAUAAGCUGAUUUGUUUGUGCAA